AUGGAGGAAAAGCUUCCAGGACCCCACGAGGGAAGUACACAAAGGCCACUCCUCUCUACUGACACCACGGGUUGCUGUGGCUGUGGAGGCUGCGGUGGUGGCUGUGGUGGCUGCGGUGGCUGCGGUGGCUGCGGUGGUGGCUGUGGUGGCUGUGGUGGUUGCAGCAGCUGCACCACGUGCAGAUGCUACCGGGUCGGCUGCUGCUCCAACUGCUGCCCCUGCUGCCGUGGCUGCUGUGGGGGCUGCUGCAGCACCCCUGUGUGCUGCUGCCACUGCACCUGCUGCCACUCCUGUGGCUGUGGCUCCUGUGGCUAUGGGAAGGGCUGUUGCCAGCAGAAAUGUGGCUGCUGCCAGCAGAAGUGCUGCUGCCAGAAGCAGUGCUGCUGCUAGGCGGCCGCCAGCCGCUCCACCAGCAGCCAUUCUGGGUAAGACUUACGUCCUUUCCUUCCUGUUCUUCAAUCUCUCUCUGUACCUGGACUGUGUUUCUGGUUUUCCUUGGUAUUUGAAGUCUUCCUGGCUGAAAAGUUUCCAAACUAAUAGGAACCAUCUCAAUGCCACAGGACACCUGAUCCUGGUACCUGAGUGACCCCCAAGUCACUGACCUCUGACCUCUGCUCAAUGAGACCACUAUUCCCAGCGCUCCCUUGGGUGGGUGAUCACUGUCUUCACUUCCCCCUCUGUUCUACUUUUCCUUUUCUAUGUAAAUGUUUCUUUUUUUCCUUUUUGUUCUUAGUUAUUAUGUAAUAAUAACCAAAUUUUCUAAUAAAGUAU